AUGAGAUCCCAAUUCAAGGACGAAUAUGCACUUGAAAAGAGAAAGGCCGAGGCUGAAAGAAUCUUAACUCGUUUCCCUGACAGAUUACCCGUGAUAUGUGAGAAGGUUGAAACCAGUGACAUAGCAGACAUAGAUAAGCGUAAAUACUUAGUUCCUAAGGACUUAUCUGUUGGUCAAUUUGUCUAUGUCAUUAGAAAGAGAAUCAAGUUGCCCAGUGAAAAGGCAAUUUUCAUUUUUGUCAAUGAUAUCUUACCUCCUACUGCUUCAUUGAUGAGCAGAAUUUAUGAGGAACAUCAUGACGAAGAUGGAUUCUUGUACGUGUUGUACAGUGGGGAAAACACUUUUGGUGACAUGGGAUUUGAGGAAUUAAAGGAAUGA